GCGUUGAACACCCAAACCCAAACGACUGACAACGGACACAUGCGCCCGAUGCACGCGUCUCGAGCGAACGUCGUUCAACCCGGAAACCGUAGCAAAACCGUGCACACUGUUUCUAAGACUGGACGUGACCCCCCCCAAUCCCCGCGCUCAGGUGUUAACAAUGUUGACAGGAAGUGGAAAUCCACAAAGCAUCCGGCGCCCACCUUGACUGAAUAGACAGCGCGCAUGAAAAAUGGAUCCAAACUUUCCAUCAGUAGCGAUUCCAGCGGCCGCAGCACCCGAGGAUGCAGCUUGAGCCGAGGCCGGUUGAGCUAAAGGUGUCAGGGGAAAGGCAUCGGCCAGAGUUUAGCCAACACUCCUCCACCCGGCGGACUGACGCACCAAACCACGUCUAUUUUGCUAAUAAGAUCAUUUUCACUAAACACGGGCGAGCAGGUGCCUCAUGCAACGAAAGGCCUGGUUACUGCUGCUGGGGCUUCGAGGCAAAACCUUACCUGUGCGCUAGUGACUGAGAGGACGUUAUCCUAAGAUGGCUCAGCACGGGCCCUUUGCCAUCUUCUCCCCUUUUAAUGUUCAGUGUGCGCUAUGGGCAUCGAUAAACGCCUGAGUGCUCUGUGAUCUCAUCAGUUGGAGCUUCACUGCAGCCAUCUACAAGUAGAGCAGAGAGGAAGAGAGAAAUGGUCAAGCAAGAAGAGUCCAAGGGUUGGAGAAGCAAGUGGAAUUGUCAGACCUUGGCCCAGUGGGGUCAGUGAUGAAGACUCUUCCAUAUGGCAUGGGUGGAGGUACAGUUGGAGGAACAACAGGAGGAGUUGUUAAGCCUCCCUACCAAACCCGUAUCUUCUCCACUUCCAUCGACCAGACACCCAUGAAAUCCAAGCCACCCACUUACAGUUUCUUUAACCCGUACGACUCGACCCGGAACCAGUCCCUGCUCCUGGACCAGACAGGCUACCGCUCUAAGCGCAAGCCCUCGCUAAAGACAGCCAUGAAGACCAAGAAGAUCUUUGGCUGGGGAGACUUCUACUUUAAUGUCAAGACCAUGAAGUUCAGCUUGUUGGUGACAGGGAAGAUUGUGGACCACAUCAAUGGGACGUUCACUGUUUACUUCCGCCACAAUUCGUCCAGCCUGGGGAACGUUUCAGUCAGUAUCGUGCCGCCAACCAAAGUGGUGGAGUUUGAGGUCCUCCAGCAGCAGCAGCUGCACCCCCACACCCAGCAGGACGUCCAGAUCCAGGAGACCCAGCAGUCCACCAUCGACCCCAAAGAGGCAAAAACCUUUAACUGUCGGGUGGAGUAUGAGAAAACCAACAGAUCCAAGAAGCCCAAACCCUGCCUGUACGAUCCAUCUCAGACCUGCUUCACAGAGCACACCCAGUCCCAUGCUGCCUGGCUUUGUGCCAAACCCUUCAAGGUGAUCUGCAUUUUCAUCUCAUUCUUCAGCAUCGAUUACAAGCUGGUUCAAAAAGUGUGUCCGGACUACAACUUCCAAAGUGAGCACCCUUACUUUGGUUAAGUAAGUGAGACUGAACUGAGAAGAGAAUAAAGAGACAAUGUUAACGACAGUGAUGAUGAUAAUAAUGAUAAUGAUGGAAAUGAUAGUCAUAUUGAUUACGGUGAAGAUGCAGGGGGCAGUUUUUUGCCUCUAAACUGCUUUGAGUUGUGGAUUUAAAUCAAGUAUAAUCAGAGUUAUGGAUGGUUAGGACAUGGCUGAUUUCACUGACUUAUUUUCCAACUUUAAGUUCUGUUUUUAUUUGAUUUUUUUCUGUAAAUAAUGUACUUCUCCUCAGAACACUUAUUGUUUUUAGAUAUUUGUUUCUUGGUGUUAUUACUUUUUGCAGUUGGAGAAUUUGGUUGAAAACAGCUGGAAUCAGUAUUAUGCCCUCCGAGUACAAAGUGAGCCUCUGAGGCAGUUGUGCUGUGCCAUCACUGUAUGGCAGACAUAAUGCUAUGGUAGACUGACUGUUAAUCAUCCUCUCAGCUCUACGUUUCAAACCCUGGAUAUAAGAGAGUUAUAUGUAUGAGAAAUGCUAUACUGGAUAUGCAUACAAUAUACUGUAUGAAA